CUCAAAUGCUGUAGUGAGGCGGUCGCGGUUUUGCGUGGUUUCGAUAUAUCGCGAAGUUUUUCUUCUCCUGCUCAUCGUUCAGCGGGCUCCAUACUGUGCGCAAGUGUGUGCAUUAUUGCAGCCCCGGUGUGAAAUUCAGUUUCGUUUUUUUCCCGUUCUCAUAAAAAAGAAAGCGUUUUAUUCACGAUGAAAAUCUGGACCUCAGAGCAUGUAUUCAACCAUCCAUGGGAAACCGUGGCACAGGCAGCCUGGCGCAAAUACCCAAACCCAAUCAACACAGCAGUGAUCGGCACAGACGUCGUCGAACGGCGGGUCGUUGACGGUGUCCUGCACACACAUCGACUGGUCAGCACGAAAUGGUACUUCCCACAGUGGGCCCAAAAGCUAAUUGGAUCUCCCAAUGUGUGCUAUGCCAGUGAAAAGUCCACUGUGGAUCCGACCAAGCGGCAGAUGACCCUCAAGACGAUCAACCUCACCUUUGUGAGUUUUCUGUCGGUGUACGAAACCCUCAGCUACGUGCCACAUCCGACGGAUCCGGAGAAGACGCUGCUCCGGCAGGAAGCCACAGUGCAGGUCGAGGGAGUCCCACUGAACCGGUACAUGGAGGACGUACUGACCAAAAACAUCAGCACCAAUGCGGGCAAAGGUCGCCAAGGUCUCGAAUGGGUGAUAGGGAAGCUGAACUCGGAAGUGAAAGAACUUGCCACAUCAGCAGCUACCAGCACGAACGAGAUUCUCACCCAGACAAAGAAAUCGCUGGACGACAUCACAGACCAGGCGCGAAAGAGCAUGGAUGAGCUCAGUGCAACGGCGCAGAAAAUUCACAUAUAGUAACAAACGUUGCACGGCUUCGUCCAGCACUGCUACUGCUGAUAAUGCAACCGCUGCUUCUUCUCUGUUCACACCACCAUCAGCAAAGGCGGAGACGACAAAACCUGCCAAAAGCAGUUCCGAAAGUGGAGUGAAUUCAUCCUUCAGUAAGGCUGCUGCUCUUCAAUCGGACGAUGCAACCAGUAGUAUCCAAAACAACAACAAAUCAAAGGAUAAAGAUAAACAAUUCUAUUCUGCAACAUCUGCUGACAACAAUACAACAAGAACGGUUCCAUUAACACCAACAUCAACAUCAUCAUCAUCAUCAUCAUCAUCAUCUAGAGGAAGUACAAUUCCGCCAAACGCACCAACGUCCUGAUUAUGGGCCAAAUCUGCUGAUAAGCUGUUUGCUUUUCGCCUAAUUGUUCCUUGUUUUAUAAAGUUAGCCCAUUAACGGGGAACAAUUAUGCCUGAAACGGAGGCUCGUCAGCAGUUUUCUUCUUUCGUUAUUAUUUUUUGGCUUUUCUUGCUAUCAAUCAAUCAAUUGGCAUUGUUGGUCGAAUUGUUUACCCAAAAAUCAAGCAAGCAAAACUGUGUUCUUAUUUAUUUCACUACUACUACUACUACUAUUAGUAAAAUCUAUUGUAUAAACGUUCAAAACUUUGCGUAUUGCUUAUUAUGAUAACCGAUCAGGAACUAUCUCCCCCUGUUCGAGCUAGGCUUCCUCUGAGUUAGAGACUUGAAUUGCGCAGUGUCAUGCAUUAACUUUAUGUAAUAGUGUAAUCGCACCGAGAUUCAAAACGUCAAAGCCUAAUUAUAGAAUGUCAGAAAUUGCGACGGGGAGAUUGUUCAGUAGAAUAAAACUAUUUCAAUUGAUUGUAAGUAGUGGAGAGCCGGGAAGGAAUGAUAUCCAAACUAACGUUAGUGUUUUCAAUUUGUCAUGACGAGAAGGAUAACGAUAAUCCAUUGCGCUAAUGUGUAAAUAUCGUGAAUGUUGGGAAGUUCGAUAGAAUAACUGUUUUAGCAUUAACUGAGAAGCUAUUAGUAUUAGUAGGAACAAAGAUUCUCCAAAUAAUUCACGCUGCGUCUUUUAAUUGUCGUUUCACGAAAAAUGCAUGAACGGGCAAACCAAUCGAUUAGCAUAUGCUCAUGUUACACAUUCCCGAAAACAAAAAAUAAAUACAGAACCGCACCGCUGCGAUCUAUUUUUGGAAUAAAAAUAUUAUUGGUUUGUAGUACGUUUUUUUUGGCCAAAAAAAACCCUGUACGUAAAUUAUUCGGAUGCAUAAAUAAUGAAUGAUGAAUGAAAGAGUGACGUUGAAAUUCGUAGCAGUUGUAAUAAUCGAAAUGUGAGAAAAAAAACCGACAUCACCUUUUGGCUGGCUAGUAGAAGAUACAUAUAAAAAUACAUAUAAAAUCGACAUUGUUUUAACAUACAUUCAGUGGAUAACAUCUGAGUUGUUGUAAUGUUUCAGAAGAAGAGUGUUUAACUAAACUGCAAGCGAGAUAGCUUAAAUAUCAAACUGUUUAAUAGAA